AUGUCCAUAGGCGAUGAUAUGGGGGUCUCUUCCCACCCCCUCAAGAUAUUCGAUGUCACUCGGAAACAGGAUCGUUUUCUAUAUGCUCUUGCGCCCAUGCUCGCCUUUAGACAGACGGUUCACAAGUAUGGCGUCGACCUCUGCUGGACCCCCAUGGUUCUGGCCAAGGAGUUUAACCGAAAUAGCUUUGCUCGGGAUAGCGACUUGACCAUCUCCAGCAAACCAAACCAGCCUGCAACCAUCGUGCAGUUCGGAGCCAACGUCCCCCUCGAGCUAGCUCGAGCAUCUGCCCUCGUUGCGCCCGAUGUCCAGGGCGUCGACCUUAACUGCGGAUGUCCGCAGUCCUGGGCCUGUGCCGAGAAGUUAGGCGCCGCUCUGAUGAACCAUCGUGAGUUGGUCCGCGACAUGGUCGUCGAGACUCGACAGCGUCUGGCUAGUGACGGAUGGGGUGUUGGCCUCGAGGCAGAUAUGGAAAAACCCAAGGGUCGGAGCGUAUAG